CUCCCUCUCUCUCUCUUUUGUGAGUUAUAGCAACCGUUGCCUUGUGAAUCAAGCGCCAUAGUCACCGUAGUCCUGGCGACUGUUACCCAUCAACAACAACUACUCCUCUCCUCCUCCUCCUCCUCUUCCUCCUCCUCCUCCUCCCCACCACCACCACCUCCAUCACCCACCAACAACACCACAAUAAUCCACAGCCAAGAGAUUUUUAUCAGAGGAAUGUAGACUGGAAUCUGCAAUGGUUCUCAAAAUCCCAAAGUGAGACCAUCAUGCAGACUUCAGAGACGGGUUCAGACACAGGUUCGACAGUGACUCUACAGACAUCUGUGGCUAGCCAAGCAGCGGUGCCUACCCAGGUGGUACAGCAAGUGCCCGUCCAGCAGCAGGUGCAGCAGGUACAGACAGUUCAGCAGGUCCAACAUGUCUACCCAGCUCAGGUGCAGUAUGUGGAAGGAAGUGACACAGUCUAUACCAAUGGAGCAAUCCGAACAACAACUUACCCCUAUACAGAGACACAGAUGUACAGCCAAAACACUGGAGGAAAUUACUUUGAUACUCAAGGAAGUUCAGCACAGGUGACAACCGUGGUAUCCUCCCACAGUAUGGUGGGUACUGGUGGUAUUCAGAUGGGCGUCACGGGAGGACAGCUCAUCAGCAGCUCUGGAGGAACCUAUCUGAUUGGCAAUUCAAUGGAGAAUUCUGGUCACUCAGUGACACACACAACUCGGGCCUCCCCAGCGACAAUUGAAAUGGCGAUUGAGACGCUGCAAAAGUCUGACGGUCUGUCCACUCACAGGAGCUCUCUUCUCAACAGCCAUCUCCAGUGGCUGUUGGACAAUUAUGAGACAGCAGAAGGAGUGAGCCUUCCAAGGAGCACUCUGUACAACCACUACCUUCGACACUGUCAGGAGCACAAACUGGACCCAGUCAACGCUGCCUCGUUUGGAAAACUCAUAAGGUCCAUUUUUAUGGGUCUACGAACUAGGAGAUUAGGAACUAGAGGAAACUCCAAGUACCAUUACUAUGGGAUUCGUGUGAAGCCAGAUUCUCCUCUUAAUCGUCUACAAGAAGAUAUGCAGUAUAUGGCUAUGAGACAACAACCCAUGCAACAGAAGCAAAGGUACAAGCCUAUGCAGAAAGUGGAUGGGGUUGCAGAUGGUUUCACAGGAAGUGGCCAACAGACAGGCACAUCUGUUGAGCAAACUGUAAUUGCCCAAAGUCAACAUCAUCAACAGUUUUUAGAUGCAUCUCGAGCACUUCCAGAGUUUGGAGAAGUUGAAAUCUCUUCUCUGCCAGAUGGAACUACCUUCGAAGAUGUCAAGUCACUGCAGAGUCUUUAUCGAGAGCACUGUGAGGCAAUAUUGGACGUUGUUGUGAAUCUUCAGUUUAGCCUGAUAGAAAAAUUAUGGCAAACAUUCUGGCGCUACUCUCCCUCUACUCCAACUGACGGCACUACCAUUACUGAAUCAAGCAAUCUGAGUGAAAUAGAAAGUCGACUUCCGAAAGCAAAGCUGAUAACUCUGUGCAAACAUGAGUCUAUCCUGAAAUGGAUGUGUAACUGUGACCAUGGGAUGUACCAGGCUUUGGUGGAGAUUCUCAUCCCCGACGUCCUUAGACCCAUUCCUAGUGCCUUGACCCAAGCCAUUCGAAAUUUUGCAAAAAGCCUUGAAGGUUGGCUUUCAAAUGCCAUGAACAAUAUUCCACAGAGAAUGAUACAAACCAAGGUUGCCGCUGUAAGUGCCUUUGCCCAGACUCUGCGAAGAUACACAUCGCUCAAUCACCUGGCCCAGGCAGCUCGUGCCGUCCUUCAGAACACUUCCCAGAUCAACCAGAUGCUCAGCGACCUCAAUCGCGUUGACUUUGCCAAUGUCCAGGAGCAGGCUUCCUGGGUAUGCCAGUGUGACGACAACAUGGUUCAGAGGCUGGAGACAGACUUCAAGAUGACGCUUCAGCAGCAGAGCACACUGGAGCAGUGGGCGGCGUGGCUGGAUAAUGUGAUGAUGCAGGCGCUGAAGCCCUACGAAGGGAGACCCAGCUUCCCAAAAGCCGCCAGGCAGUUCCUGCUCAAAUGGUCUUUCUACAGCUCAAUGGUAAUUCGGGACUUAACCUUACGCAGUGCUGCUAGCUUUGGCUCCUUUCACCUGAUCCGGCUACUCUAUGAUGAGUACAUGUUCUACUUGGUAGAGCAUCGUGUGGCUCAAGCGACAGGAGAGACACCAAUAGCAGUGAUGGGCGAGUUUGGUGAUUUAAAUGCUGUGUCUCCUGGAAAUCUGGAUAAAGAUGAAGGCAGUGAAGUAGAAAGUGAGAUGGAUGAAGACCUGGAUGAUUCCUCAGAGCCUCAGGCCAAAAGAGAGAAAACAGAGCUGAGCCAGGCAUUCCCAGUGGGCUGCAUGCAGCCAGUCCUGGAGAGUGGUGUGCAGCCCAGCCUCCUGAGCCCCGUGCACAGCGAACACAUCGUCACAAGCACGCAGACGAUCCGGCAGUGCAGCGCCACGGGCAACACCUACACGGCAGUCUAACAGCACGAAACAAUGUCUCCAGCUUACUUUACCCCACUAUCCUGGGCUUAAGCUGAAAUUUUAACAAGCCUAAAGGUUGACUGUUGUCAAAAGUCUGUCUGUGCUGAACAUUACCUUUUUGGAGUUGUGAAAUGGAAUGGGUGUAUGU